UGUCACAACAGACGAGACAGAUAAUCAAAGAGAUCAUUUCAUGGAAUACCAGCUGAAAAGACCAGAAAAGAUCGAUGGAUUUCAGCAAUUAAACAUGAUGGAUGCUGCCCAACCAAAAUACACACCGCAGGUGAGAAACGGAGGAGCGGAAACUCUGCUGCCAUGGCUGGCCCGAGCCGGACGGCCAUUCCCCAAAGCACCACCGCCAUUUGUCUUCGAUACAUUUACGAUCCCAAACCUCAAUCACCCAAGGUACCGGUUCUGAUCCGCCCUCCAGGCCCGAGACCUCCCUCGGUAAAACAGGACUCAAAACUCAGCUUGUCUGGCGAUCCUCCAACCAAAGCAAUCAUGAGGAGACGAGCUCAGUCACUUUCUUCACCUGCGGAGAGGAAGCGAGUGCUCAGGUAUCAGCAGGUUCGCUUUGUGGACUCACUGGGCCUCGAUUUAGAGGAAGUAAAAUUGUUCAAAGAUAAGGAGCAACCCCUGAUUCCCCAACAUGUCAUGUUCAGACUACGAAUGAGCUCUGAGAGGGCCUUUGGGAAAUCUUUGGAACUGUCACUGCCUCACUUUAAACCCUGUUUCCCUGAGAAUAUGGCAGCUCAAGCCGACUUCCUUACGCGUUUGCGCACACAGACUGUGUGUCUGGAGCAGGUUGUGUGCUCAGAGCUGGGGAUUGCCGGCACCAUACAAGUACUUAAUUUAGACUAUGAGAAAAAGGUCACAGUGCACUAUUCUUUUACCAACUGGAGGACAUCCACGGAUACAUCGGCAUCCUGGGUGUCAAGCGUGUCCCAGGGAGAAUACGACGUCUUCCGAUUUCGUCUACCGGUGCCGCCUUUCAUUUUGCAGCCGGGAGCUUUGUUGGAAUUUGCCAUCUGCUACCAUGUCAAAGGCUCUAACUAUUGGGACAACAACAACGGGCGCAAUUACAAGCUGACUUGUCACAGCUACAAGGUGACUGUUCCAAGGGAAUGUGAGGAUAGUAUGCUGCAUUUUACCUGAGUGACCACACGAUAGCGCUAUUGCAUUAGCGCAGCUUUCUUACGGCAGCUCUGAACUUUUGCUGAAAUACUAUUGACACACCGUCUGUUGCAAAAGGCGGUUCGAUUAAACGCAUUUCCAUGUGAGGCUGCUGAAUAGAUUUUUCCUCAAAUGAAAAUAAAA